CCGGCAUGGUUUGGUUGAUUGUGCGAAAAGCAUGGUGCAAGCCGAUAUAAGAAGCGCGAUUUUGCGUGGUGUGCCGGUAAAUAAACUCGUGGUUGUCCUAGAGACGGUCGAACACCAUGUCCCAGCAACUUGCAGACGUUCAGUCAGCAGACGGAGGCAUCGUCGCCGACCAGUUUGCAGACAUGGACGCGUGUUUUGAUGCCUUCGACCAGGACGGAGACGGCAAGAUCGACUUUGCUGAUUUCGGCAGGAUUUGCUCGGCCCUCUUCCGCAACGACAAGGGCAUCGUCUACACAUGCUCCGAGGAAAAUCAGAAGGAAAUGUUUGGCAUUUUCGACCAGAACAAGGACGGAUAUAUUGAUAGGAACGAAUUCAAGUUUUGUUGGAACAAGUGGAUCAAAAAAAUUGUGCGCCCUGUGAGCGUACUUUUGGUCAUCGACGUCCAGAACGACUUCAUCUCGGGCUCUCUGAGUCUCAGCAACUGUACCGCAAAGCAAAACGGAGAAGAAGUCAUCAAGCCUAUUAAUCAACUGCUAGACAAUGUCCAAUUUGACGGCAUUUGUUACUCGCUGGACUGGCACCCAGCUGAUCAUGUGUCCUUCAUCGACAACAUCACCAAGAGGAAGAUCCACUCAACCAGUCCAUUGCGAGCGGACCAGGCCCAGGUGUAUGACACAGUCAUUUUUGACGGCAAACCGCCCACGACCCAAAGACUUUGGCCCCGCCACUGUGUCCAGAACAGCUGGGGUGCCGAGCUGCACAAAGACCUGAAGAUCGGAAAAGACGCCACUUUGGUGUACAAAGGCAUAAAUUCAGAUGUUGACUCUUACUCCGCCUUCUUCGACAACAAGAAGAUGAGCCGCACCUGCCUGCAGGAAAAACUGGUUGAGCUCGGUGCCACUGAUGUUUACGUCUGCGGACUUGCCUAUGAUGUCUGUGUUGGAUCUACUGCUGCUGAUGCUUUGGCCAUUGGCUACAGAACCAUCAUGAUCAACGACUGCGCAAGGGGCGUGAACUUCGACGAUAUUGAGAGCACCAAGAAGAAGUUCAAGGAUACUCAUGGAAUCAUCGUCGAGUCAAGCCAGGUGAAGGCCAUGGUUGAGGGCAGAGACCGGAGGCCCGAGUUGGGCUACAAGUUGGCCGUUGAGCUGAAGAAGGAUCAGCAAAAGUGAUGCACUAUCUAGUUUUAGAGGAAGCCAAGGUACGUAGCAGGGUUAGUUAGGUGUUAGGCCGAUUCCUUGGAAGUCCCAUAACAAAAUUGUGGCCUAUGCAGCAAAUAAUCUGCCUUUAAGCGAGAACCAAUCGAGCUUCAAAAAAUGUUGAUGCCUGUACUUUUGUCUCCUUUGCUGACUUUGUUAAUAAUUUGACUACAAAAAUCAUGAUUCUCUCAGUACUUAAAAGGCACACUCUAGUUAAAUUGCACUGAUAAUUUAAAUUUUAAGGUUGAUUUUUGUGGAGAGAUGCACACAAGCCUUCUGUGUUAAUGCUAGUAGAAAUAAACUUGAAUAUUUUUAUUCAACAAGUAUCAUAUUAGCCAAGAGAACAGAUUAUUAUUCU